GAUGGCAGACAGGCCGUUUGAGCCGUGAUAGUACGGGAUUGUAGGAGUGCAAUUUCUAGGUGUGUCAUUCUAAAUAUUGAACUAGAAUGUCUCCCGAAUUCUUGACUAAAAUCUUGUACGAAUAUUCUGACAAUGUGAAACUACGUCCUCGCGUAUCGUGCGCUAGGUUUAGGUAACGUUUGUGCCGGGACAUAUGUAAAACGGUGAUCGAAUUGUGUUAUUCGGUGUGUCGUGUACGCGAUUUAUUCUGGUUUAAUGGUAAAUUAAAAUGUGGAAUAUGAUGUGCGACGUGAUGCCCACUAUAUCGGAAGACAGUAUCAGCCAGAGGAGUUCGCAGUUUUCUGGCGAAGAUGCGAAUUUCGAGCAGCUUAUGGUGUCGAUGCUGGAUGAGAGAGAUAAGUUGGUGGAGAGUCUCCGCGAGACGCAGGAGCGGCUCGGGGACUCGGAGCUGCGCCUGAAGGAGGUGGAGAAGGAGCGGGACUCGUUGCAUCGGCAGAUCGCAGCGAACUUGCCUCAGGAGUUUGCCACGCUCACGAAGGAGCUCAACCAAGCGAGAGAGCAGCUGUUAGAGCGAGAGGAGGAGAUCUCAGAGCUCAAGGCGGAGAGAAACAACACCAGGCUACUACUCGAGCACCUAGAAUGCCUAGUGUCUCGCCACGAGCGCUCGUUGCGCAUGACCGUGGUCAAGCGGCAGGCGGCGGCCCAAUCAGGAGUCUCCUCCGAGGUCGAGGUCCUCAAGGCCCUCAAGAGUCUCUUCGAGCACCACAAGGCGUUGGACGAGAAGGUCCGGGAACGGUUACGAGUAGCGUUAGAAAGGAACACAGCAUUAGAAGAAGAACUAGCGUUAACCAAAGAAGAACUGCAACAGUACAAAUCGGGUUCGGACUCGGAGCGGCCCAAGGAGAACGGUGCAGUCAGCACCGGCUCGCCAGAGCAGAACGGCGAGCAACCGCAAACUAAGGAGGGUAGCGUUAACGGAGAAGACAGGAAAACGAACGAGCUGCAAAACACGAUCGCCAAGCAGUCGGCAGAGCUGAGCUCGUGGCAGCGGCGCGUGGCGGAGUUGAACAACAAAGUCAGCGAGCUCGAGGAGCGGUUGGCCAAGGGAGAAAAGGAGUUGGCCAAGAAACAGGAGGAGUGCGUCAAGCUCCAGCGGGACUUGCGGGAGAACGGCGCGCAGAAGGAGGACCAGGAGGAGCGGAUAGCGACCCUUGAGAAGAGGUACCUGAACGCGCAGCGCGAGUCCACGUCCCUGCACGACCUCAACGAGAAGCUCGAGCAGGAGCUGCAGCACAAGCAGGCUCAGCUCAAGCUCCAAGAGGAGAAGAUCGCCGCCAUAGAAGAGAAGCUGGAGCUGUCGUCGCAGAAGCUGGCGCAGAUGUCCUCGCUGCCCGAGAUGGAGGAGCAGCUCAAGGCGCGCAUGGAGGCGCUCAGCCAGGUUGGCAUUGCCCAGGAAAGGCACGGAUCAGCCGAGGACCGUAUCCAGCGGUUGGAAGCCAGUGUUGAAGAGAAGAACGCGGAGCUGAUGAGGCUGAACCAACGGUUGAGGAUGAAUGAGGAGCACAACACGCGGCUCAGUGCUACCGUUGAUAAACUGCUGUCGGAGUCAAAUGAUAGGUUACAAGUGCACCUCAAAGAACGAAUGCACGCGCUAGACGAGAAGAACGGUCUGACGCAAGAGUUGGAGAAGACGAGGAAGUACGCCGAAGAACUGGUGGCGGAGAAACAGGACAUCCUCAAGGAGCUGGCCAAGUGGCGCAUGGAGACUGAACAGCUGAAACGACAGAUGCUCCAACAAGAAAUAGCGUUCAACAUUCAGCAAACGGACGCCCUCACGAGAUCGCUCUCGCCGGGCGCGCCCCCGCAACCGCCGCCACAAGCUCUUUUCCAAACUAAGUUGGAUGGGUCAUGGGAGAAGCUACAGCAAGCUCACGUACUAGCAAACGUACAACAGGGCUUCGAUGUCUCCAGCGACGCAGAGAACGACGAAUCCGACGGCGGUGUAGAAGGCGGGCACACGGACGCCGCAGCGCUCGCGCUGAUGCUGCAAGAGCAGCUCGACGCCAUCAACACGGAGAUCCGGCUGAUUCAGGAGGAGAAACAGAGCACAGAGGCCAGGGCCGAGGAGCUCGAGUCCCGGCAGGUGGGCAGCUACGAGCACAUGAACGUGGUGUCGCGACGCGGUGACUCGCCCCCUCUCGCCGCUUCACCGUCGCGGCCGCAUCUCGCGCCGAUACACAAAUAUCAUACGUUACAGUUGUGCGAGGACGGCGUGGCGGCAGAAGGCGCCGAGUCGCCGCUGACGGCGCGCUCGCUGCGGCUCGAGCGGGCGGCGCGCGCGCUGCACGCGGAGCGGGACCGACUGAGGACGCAUUAUCCCGCGCCGUAUGACUCGACUUCAAUAAUGUCAGGAUCUAUGACGCGGAUCCCAAUACACAGCUCGAGUCAAGAGUCCCUCGGCGGCCUCACGGCGUGGGGCGGCGCCUCGCCCGGCCUCCCUCGAGGGGUUGCGGCCGCGGCCUCGGCUGUUUCUAUAGCGUCGAUGCAUCAGCAGAAGAAACGCGGUAUAAAGAGUUCGUUGGGGAGGUUCUUUAGCAAAAAGGAGAAGGCUGGGAUGCCGAUGCAGCAAGGCGGCCAACCGCGAUCGCUGUCGUCCGCAUCAUCGUUAGGAUUAUCGUCGCUAGCCGACGACGCGCCGGAGGCAGCUCCCGCGCCUCUCGUACAAGAUUACGCUCGCAAUAAGGGCAAAGACCGCGACUACCGACACGAAUUACUAGGCGAAGCUAUGCGCGCAGGCACACCCUUCGCGCUAUGGAACGGGCCAACCGUGGUCGCGUGGCUCGAGCUAUGGGUGGGCAUGCCGGCCUGGUAUGUGGCCGCGUGCCGCGCUAACGUCAAGAGCGGAGCCAUCAUGUCGGCUCUGUCUGAUCAGGAGAUACAAAGAGAAAUUGGCAUCAGUAAUCCCCUACACCGGCUCAAACUACGACUGGCAAUUCAAGAGAUGGUGUCUUUGACGUCACCGUCAGCGCCGAGAGGGACGGCAUGUGCGGCCCUGGCCUUCGGAGAUAUGAACCAUGAGUGGAUUGGCAACGUAUGGCUGCCGUCAUUAGGAUUACCUCAAUACCGCACGACGUUCAUGGAGUGUCUGGUGGACGCGAGGAUGCUGGAACACCUCACCAAGCGGGACCUCCGCACGCAGCUCAAAAUGGUCGACAGCUUCCAUAGAACAUCCCUACACUUCGGCGUGGCGUGCCUGAAGCGCGUGGGCUACAGCGUGCGCGCGCUGGAGGAGCGGCGGCGCGCGGCCGAGCACUGCGCGCGCGACGUGCUCGUGUGGAGCAACGAGCGCCUGCAGCGCUGGCUGCUCGCCGUCAACCUCAAGGAAUACGCCAAUAACCUGGUGGAGAGCGGCGUGCACGGCGCGCUGAUCGCGCUCGACGAGAACUUCGACGCCAACAGCAUGGCGCUCGCGCUACAAAUACCCACGCAGAACACGCAGGCGCGGCAAAUUCUCGAAGUAGAGUUCGCGAACCUUCUCCAAACCGGCACGGAGCGCGCGGCGCGCAUGCCCCACGACCACCAGGCCGCCUCCUGACACCACACCAUGAACUAGGCACCCCAGCUACCCGCGUCGGCCACCACCGACCACUGUCGGCCACAGCCGACGACUGAUGUCGGCCACCGCCGAUGUAUGUCGGCAACCACCGAAAACAGUCGGGAGACCGGCAGCUACCGGCAGAAACCAACUGUGAAUAAACUUUUAAUUUAAUUUAUUUGACUGGUACAAACGGCAAGUGAUACACAGUUUUUUAUCUUCCAUAGAGCUAUGGAUUUUUUAUUCCGGCUUUUAGACGUCGGCAUCAAGUGGUAACAUUCUGUAGUAAAAUCAACUCUAGAAUUACAUUUGUAAUGUAUACGACUUGAGUUACUGUUUUUAAUAGUUCCGUGUGCGACAAUAUUUGUGAAAGAGACGGUUUAAGAGCUAAAAUAGUAGCUGAAAUGUCAUAUUUUAUCACUCUUAAGGACAUAUUUAAUCGUAAAAAUAAUAUUCGGUAUUCGAAAAUCAUUAUAGAUUUCAAAUAAUAUGUGGCAGAAUGUUAUAACUAGCUUACCAUCAAAUAAGUAAUUAAAAAAAAUAGGGGUUAGUUCCAAAACGAGUACUUUCAUGAAUAUUUGUGUACGAUACUAUAGUGUUUAUUUAUUUUUAACGCUAGUACAAAUUUCUCUGAAUAACAAUAAAGUAGGCAUAAAUUCUUUCAAUGACGUAUUUUUACACUACUUUUUACUGUAGAAUGUUGCCAUCUUUUACAUCGUUGUUGAUACUUACAAUAAAAGUUGUCAUUACUGUUAUACAUAUAACUAUUAAACCAGUUGUAGCAACAUUAUGCUUUAUUAUAUAAUAUAUAAUACAGAAGUGCUCUGAUACUGUUAGAUUUACUAUGUACUUAACAUUUAUUCCGAUAUUUAUAAUAUUAAAACAAAUAAAUAAAAUAUAUUAAACCGGUUAUGUGGGCAUCUUACUAGAGAAAAUCAUAGUCUAAAAAUAAAACAUAC